UCUACGCUCAUCCAGGUUAUUUGGUUCUGUCUUUCUUCAUUAGUUUCUUUUGACGGAUAUGAGCAAAUUUAAUGUGGGAAACUUUAAUUUGAAUAGUAUUUUCUCACUAUAUAUUUCGAAGAGCCUGAGACCGAGAUAUUUCUCCGCCAUAAGCCGGCGGCGAAAUGCUGAUUCAAAGGCGAAUGAACCCAACGAGGCCACGCAAGCUCAAGAUGAGUCCAAAGAAGAAGGCGCUAUGGCGCGAAGACUAUCAGAGAUGACAGAACAAGCUAUGCUGGAAGGAGGUCGCUCGGCGCGCAAAAGUUUAGAACACGCUGGGUUCUCGGACGAUCUGAAGAAGCAGCUCGAAGAGCGAAUAGCAGCAACUGCUUUCAAAAGUGAGCAUGCAACUGCUCAUGCGAUUGUUGACAUGCCUGCGAGCGCAGGUCAAGGAACUCAAGAUAUCGCCUCAGCUAAGCCUUGGUCGGGAGCAGAGAACCUUCAUGAUGUCACACUACGCAUGCUCGAUAGCUCGAAGAAACCCAUGCGCGUUCCCUAUAAAAUCCCACAACCUAACCCAGUUGAUAUGCGAAUCACCCCGAAGCCCCAGAAAUCGCCUGGUCUCCGUCUCGCCGAGGCCAAAGAACGCACCUCUACAUACACAUUGAGCCAAACCCCAGGGAUAUCGGAUGAAGAGCGUGAGGCAAUGCGGAGAGAGAUGCGCGAGAGGUUUACUCCUGGUGGUCGACCAAUGCCGGCAACGAUUCAAGGAUUAGCGUCGCUGGCAAACGAACGGAUAGAAGAUGCGAUGUCGCGCGGUCAAUUUGACCGAAUCAAAAGAGGCAAAGGGAUAAAUACUCAAACCGAUCACAAUGCAAGUAGUGCAUUCAUAGACACCACAGAAUAUUUCAUGAACAAAAUGAUACAAAAACAAGAACUAGUUCCGCCAUGGAUUGAGAAACAGCAAGAGCUGGUGCGGGAGCUUGACCGGUUUCGCCAACGCUUAAGAACCGAAUGGAGGCGGCAUGCAGCAAGAUUGAUUGCGAGUGAAGGAGGCUCCUUGGAAGCUCAAAUGAGGCGCGCUCAGGCUUAUGCCGCUGCGGAAGCUCGUUUGGCAGAGAAAGCUAAAAUAGCACGAUCAUUUCAAGAACUCUGCAAUGCCGAGCCUUCCGCAAUUAAAUCGAAGAACGAUGAAACCCCAGUAUCUACGCCCCCUGAAUCCCAACCCCAAGAAAACACGCCUCUGUCAUACGUAUCGCCAUUGCGUGACCCCCAGUAUCUUUCAACGGAGCGCUCUUUUCAUGAGCUAGCAGUCAAGAGUCUCAAUACUCUCACUCGAUCCUACAACCUGCAAGCUCCACCAGUUGCUCAAAAGCCGUACCUUAAUUUGGAUCGCGAGCUCUCUAUGUGCUACGCUGAUGUAGCUCCUAGUUUAGCCGAGGAGAUUAAACGGCGUGCGACGGAGAGGUCCAGUCAGCCUAACUCUGUAGGCCCUAAAGCGUCCGGCAUCAUCGAAUCCUUAAGCACGUCAACUGCCACGCGUAUUUAUGAGGAGGAUAAGGCUAAAGGGUACGGAUUUAAGGAAUUCUGGCGGGACCUGUUUUCUAAGAAGGAAUAGUAGUGGCUGGAUAGACAUGUAUAGAUAUGUGCCAGAUGUAUAUAAUAUUGUAUGAUAUUAUCAUGUGUGAUGGAU